CCAUGGUGGGUACUGGGUGGUGAUAAACCAGCUUCACCCUCUUCUAUCUCACUGAGUUAGUGAUUCAUGAUAACAUGUUGGUUUUGCCACCACCGCUAACUACUCCAUUCCCUUCCAUCCACAAUCACACAAACUAUUUCCCCAUUCAACUCCACCGUCACUACCAUGUCUUCCAACCCCCGCAAUCCUCCGCAAACCCCUUAGCCUUCUCCACCAAACCAACAAUCCUCGACGAAGGUCCCGACGACAUUCUCUCCCUUCAAAACCGCCGCUACGACUUCACACCCCUCCUCCGUUUCCUCUCCGACCCAUCCACCACCCCCGAGUCCGACCCCAACUCGCUUUCACCCACUUCACUCGACUCAACCGAGUUUCAACUCGCCGAGUCAUACCGUGCUGUCCCUGCCCCACUCUGGCACGCGCUCCUCAAAUCCCUCUGUUCCUCUUCAUCCUCAUCCUCAAUCUCACUCGCAUACGCUGUCGUUUCAUGGCUACAGAAACACAACCUCUGCUUCUCCUACGAGCUUCUCUACUCUAUCCUCAUCAAUGCGCUUGGCCGUUCCGAAAAGCUCUACGAGGCCUUUUUGCUCUCUCAGCGACAAGUUCUCACUCCUCUCACCUACAACGCCUUAAUCGGCGCGUGCGCUCGAAACGGCGACGUCGAGAAGGCACUUAACUUAAUGUCUAGAAUGCGCCGCGACGGUUACCAACCGGAUUUUGUGAACUACAGUUCCAUCAUUCAGUACCUCACGCGCUCUAACAGAAUUGACUCUCCCAUUUUGCAAAAGCUUUACAGAGAAAUCGAAAGCGAUAAAAUCGAAAUCGACGGUCAUCUCAUGAAUGACAUCAUCUUAGGGUUCUCAAAAGCCGGUGACCCAAGCCGAGCCAUGCGUUUCCUAGCCAUGGCUCAGGGUAACGGCUUGAGCCCCAAGUCAGCGACGUUCGUUGCUGUUAUUCACUCGUUGGGUAAUUCGGGUCGGACUCAGGAAGCUGAAGCAUUGUUUGAGGAGAUUAAAGAGAACGGUUUGGAACCGAGAACCAAAGCUUAUAACGCAUUGCUCAAAGGAUACGUGAAAACGGGUUCGCUCAAAGAUGCAGAGUUUGUUGUGUCUGAAAUGGAGAAAGCUGGUGUUAUGCCUGAUGAACAAACUUAUAGUUUGUUGAUUGACGCGUAUGCACACGCGGGGAGGUGGGAGAGUGCGAGGAUUGUGUUGAAGGAGAUGGAGGCGAGUAAUGUGCAACCUAAUUCGUAUGUUUAUAGUAGAAUUUUGGCGAGCUAUCGUGAUAAAGGGGAGUGGCAGAAAUCGUUUCAGGUUCUGAAGGAGAUGAAGAAUAGUGGAGUGAUGCCAGAUAGGCAUUUUUACAAUGUGAUGAUUGAUACAUUUGGGAAGUAUAAUUGUCUAGAUCAUGCCAUGGCAACGUUCGAGAGAAUGUUGUCUGAGGGGAUUCGGCCUGAUACUGUUACUUGGAACACGUUGAUUGAUUGUCAUUGUAAGUCAGGCCGCCACGAUAGGGCGGAGGAGUUGUUUCGGGAAAUGCAGCAGAGUGGGUACUUGCCUUGCACCACCACGUAUAACAUUAUGAUCAAUUCUAUGGGGGAACAGGAAAGGUGGGACCGAGUAAGUGAUUUGUUGAGCAAAAUGCAGAGUCAGGGGUUGCUUCCCAAUUCAAUAACCUACACAACUCUUGUUGAUGUGUAUGGAAGGUCGGGACGAUUUGGCGAUGCAAUGGAUUGCUUAGAGGUUUUGAAAUCUAUGGGGUUCAAGCCGACUUCGACCAUGUAUAAUGCCCUGAUAAAUGCCUAUGCACAGAAGGUAUGUUGUUCUGUGAAGUCUGUCAACAACUGCCAUUUACUAGUUUGUAUGCACCAAUGUGACGCUGGUUGCAUUUUUUGUAAACUGAUAUGACAUUUUCAUGAGGAAGUUUACCUGUCUACACCUUACUAGUUUUUCUGACAUGAAUGUUAUUAGUCUUUCAUUUGUCAACCUUUUCAUGACUGAAGGCUAAAAUUCAUUCACUCAAUCCCAACUUGCCAUUUUGUGUCACAGUACUCUUUGAACCAUGAAAUCUCAAAAAAGUCCUCUGUGCCUACUUAUUUUGCAUUGGGAUCAAGCACUAUUGAAUAGUUUUUUUCAAAACCUGAUAUUACAUUGUCGUGCUGACACUUGACAGACAUCAAUUGUAAUUUUUUUGUUGGGCAAUCCACUGACUCUGGCUGGUUCUUUAUUCUUCUUCCAUUGAAUGGUGUUGAGCACACUAGCUAUGGGUUUGUCUGAACAAGCAGUAAAUGCAUUCAGGAUGAUGACAACUGAGGGGCUGACACCCAGUCUUCUAGCUCUCAAUUCGUUAAUUAAUGCAUUUGGUGAAGAUAGAAGGGAUACGGAAGCCUUUGCUGUGCUGCAGUACAUGAAAGAAAAUAAUGUAGAACCUGAUGUAGUUACUUAUACUACACUUAUGAAAGCUUUGGUUCGUGUUGAAAAGUUCCAAAAGGUUCCUGCUGUGUAUGAAGAAAUGGUAAUGUCUGGGUGCACUCCUGAUAGAAAAGCUAGAGCAAUGCUGCGGUCUGCUCUUAGAUACAUGAAGCAGACACUGAAAUCAUAGUUAAAUUAUCUAUAACACUCUUUCACAAAGACAAAAGAGUCAAAUUUGCUCACCCGAUUUACUCAAUUAUAAUUUUGAAGGUUUAUGUAAUAGCAAUACCAUGAUUACUGUUAUAGACCAGCGUAAACAACGCACCGUAGAUACAUUUGUGCGAUGUCAUGCUGGAUAUGUAUGCCCCAACAGUGCCUGAAUGAGAAAUAAAGUUGCAGAAAUCACGACAUGGAACGCCUAGAAAAUUAAUUGGCUCCCUGUAAUGUGGAACCACGUUUAUCAUCAAUCUUUGUGAUUUAUGUAUCAUACGUUUAAUGUAAGUAAAUUUAUAUGUUGAAAUGCUUAUUUCAUGUUCAUAAAUUUGAGUUGUACAUCAGAAAAAGAGAAAAGAGUGAGUCUGUAUGCAUAUCAUUUACAUCC